GCUGCAAACGGUUUAGUUCCUCGCCGCAAACAAAACUAGUCACAACAACGUGGAGCGGAAGCCAGCAGCCUCGAGUGAACCAGUUAAAAGCCAGAAACAAAGUCUGAGAAAUAGAGAGAGAGAGCGCGAAAUACCAGAAAGCUUUUGGAGACAGGAGCAAGUUUUCGAAAUCCAAAGUGAACGUAGCUUUCGGCGCGCUGAAACCACACUCGAUUGAUAUUGAUUCAUUGCCAGCGAGCCACUGAACCGCCUCGCAUUCCGCGAAUACCAGACAAAACUCAGCCGAAAACCGAAAAUGUUGCGAACCUUUGCCAUUCUGCUGCUGAUCGCAGUGGCCGUAAAUGCGAGAGCUGCACCACAGAGAACCACCGUUUCGCCGGAUUAUGAAACCACCGAAAAUGUGGAGCUGGUUGAGGAGUCCACCUAUAUGUCCGUGGAGGAGGGAACCAUCACGGUGGACGUUGAUUCGGAUGUGAUCCUGACCACCAGUCCCGAGGGCGAGGCCUUCACCGAGGCCAGUCCGAUGGGUCUGACGGAGGAACCGCUUCCGGAUUCGGUGGUGCAGCAGUUGGAGAUGGAGCGGGCUCAGGAGGAGCGGCUUAAGAAUCCCGAAGAGCCGGAAACGGAGCUGGAGUCGGAGUCGGAGAAUGAGGACCUGGGCGCCACAACCACGGAGCCACCGAAUUCCAAUAAUACUGACACCACCAGGCGCAGCUUCAAGUUUGGCGCAACCACACUGCCACCAAGUUUCAUCACAACCACCGAAAGAAGCAUCACCACCAUUGCACCACAGGAAGUCACCACAUCACGUUCUUCGGAGACUGAGGAAACCACCGAGUUCCAGGAGGUAAAGACCAUGAGAAACUACUUCGAACGGAAGCCAGCGCAAAUGGAAGAAAUAGAGCUGGACAUGGCCGAGAACCGAAUGGAGACCACCACAAAUUUACCAGCUCAGGAACUUGUAGAGCUGUCCAUGAUCAUGACCACCGAAGCCGCUUUGGUGGAGGAGAACCCCAAGCCGAAAAGUGAGAGUGAUCAGGCGGAGUCGGUGGAAACCACAGUGGUGCCGCUCUACCAAUAUGUUAGCAAUGGAGCUCCCAUUGUCACAGAGCCACAGCCUGAGCAUUCUACGGUUAUGCCAGUAUUAAACGAAGAAGUAGCCUCUACUGAGUCUCCAUUAGAAGAAAUUAAAGAACUCCUACUGGUUUCGUCCACCUCAGCACCCGAAACCACCACAGAGGCGGAGGAAACCACGACUACAGCUCCUAGCUCCACCACUACAACCACUGAGGCUGUUCUUCUGACCACCAAAGUGGAAACUCUGCUGGUUGCCCAGCCAGAGACGACUACCAGUGCUCCGGAGACCACAAGUACCAGUGCUCCAACCACAACUACCAAUGCUCCAGAGACCUCUACUAGCACCACUAGUGCUCCAGAGACCUCAACUAGCACCACUAGUGCUCCAGAGACGACAACUAGCACUACUAGUGCUCCAGAGACCACAACUAGCACCACUAGUGCUCCAACCACAACGAGUACCACCAGCACCACCAGUGCUCCCACCACGACAAUCACCACAACUACAGAACGCCCCAUUCCGACGCGAGCUCCUCGGGUGGAACGGAUCUUCAACUCGGACGGAGUGGAGGUGCUCUACGGUUACUCGUCGGUGGUGCGGACCAACCGCUCGUGAGUGGUUGCCCCACCGAGAAUGCGACCUUGUCAAGGUCGAACAACUUGCCAUAAUGCGGAGACGGGGAGACAUUGAGCGAUUCAUGCUCGAUUGGUUUGUUUUAGGCAAUUUUCAAUUCUAAACGAGUUAUAAACAAAAAUAUUUAAAUUUCAUCCGACGGGCCCCAACACAGUGUGAUAAACCAAAAAAUAGAUAACUCUGCGUAAGAUGAUAUCGGUAUAGAUGCAAAUCCACAACGACAUCAAAACAAAACAAAUAUGAUAUUGUGCAAAAUUGUGUACGGUCUGCCAAAUGACAAAAAUGAAGUGAAAUGCUGGAGAUAAACGAUUUUAUAAAUUAUAAAUAAAACAU